AGAAUUUAUAAAUGCAUUUCUCAUUUGAAAUUGAAUUAAAAUGAUUUUUUUUAGCUGUCGCACCGUUGAGCUGCCUCAACUAAACGGUGCAUAUGGGACAUGGUCCCUGCAAGCAUAGUUUCCCAAAAUGAUAGUCCGCUCAGGGGUGCUACGAAGAGGAGGAAAGAGGAGGAGGAAGAGGAGGAAGAGGAGGAAGAGGAGGAAGAGGAGGUGAAAGAGGAGGUGGAAGAGGAGGAAGAGGAGGAAGAGGAGGAAGAGGAGGAGGAAGAGGAGGUGAAAGAGGAGGGCAGCAGCUUUGCAGGUCCAUGCCUGCUCCCUGUUGCUCAGGAAGCUUUGUGGCACCCCUACCCCCUGCUAGGACAAGGGCAGCAGCUUUGCAGGUCCAUGCCUGCUCCCUGUUGCUCAGGAAGCUUUGUGGCACCCCUACCCCCUGCUAGGACAAGAUCAAGGGUGAGGACAACUCCUCGAUGGCGGAUAGGAACGGCUAGCGAAGCGGACAUUGGCACACGGAAAGCUCAGAAUUUUGCUGACGAUAAGUGUACAGUACUGUAUACGUUUGUAGUGCUUCGUAGCAAUUUGUACGCGAGUGCUGUCAAGCUGGCAGCUGCCGUGUCCUUUGAGCGAAAAGUUUUGAGGGUCGACGAGAACAUGGAAUGCGAUCACUUAGAUAGACACAAGGAAGGCAAGCCCACAGGAAGAAGGAAGUCUUCUCCCAUGGUAUCGGCAUGCACUCGUGUCUUGUCUGACACACUGAAGGCGUCACGCGUGAGGUCGGAGCACACGACGCUGCUGUCGAGACAUGGAACCCCGGCCUUGGUUGCCAUCUCCGAUCCCAUGGAGCCAGUCAUUCUGGGUGCACACUUCAAUGGAUUUUUCGAUGCGGUGGUCCGUGCCUACUCGCACCAUCUACAUCUCAUUCUACGGCCAGACGAUGUCUGGUUGGCUAUCGGGCAGGGCAUUGCAGCACAUGUGCAUCAAGAUGUCAACAACAAAUAUCGAAACCGUUUCGUUCAGCACCCUCCAAAUGCAAGGAGGCACAUAAAGAUCGCCGUGGCGCCAGCAGGGGCGAUGACCACCAUCUGCAGCAGCGCAAACUCCUCGCUCUCGUCCUCGUUCUCCUCGUUGUCCUCAGUCACGUCCUCGGUCACGUCCUCAGUCUCGUCCUCAGUCGUGGAUGUGCCUGUGGAGAAGCAGCCACGGCGGAAGAGUCGAAGGUCCACCAGAGUGCAAAUGCAAUCGGCAGGCACCAGAAUGGGGUCAGGAACAGUGGGCAGCACACUGGAUGGGGAGGUAUGCUGGCCAAGAUGCGUGGAGAUGGUGGGUGAAGCCGUGACCGCUCGAGCGGCACCAGGGGUUGCUGAUGCUCUUGGCUGCAACUUUUCCACCAGCACUUUUGCAACAAAAUUGGCCAGCCAGAUCGCAAUCAUGGAUGUUUUCAAGAGUAUGUUUAGUUACAGGAUUUCACUCGCUUGCGGAAUUCCAAAGGUCACCUUGGAAGGCACACUGGAAGACUGGAGAGUGUUGCGGCGAAAGACUCUGCAUUUGAAGAAGUUGGGCCUCAACCUCGACAGCUGGGUCGACCAGCUAGAACCCAUCUUAACGGAGUUUAUACGAACAUACGAGGGGUCCAUCAACAAGGACUUCUGGAGCAAAGUGUACUGUGACGAGUCGUACGGCUCAGGUCCGCGCACGUGCAGUGGCUGGCUGGUUCGCUUCUUUCCGUACGACAACAACGGAAAGAGGGUGACCAGCUCGAUCGAGCAGGGAAAGGUGCCGCUUGGAAAGGAGAGAAGCAGCAGAGCAGCCUUCGGCAGAACCUCGCACUGGACUUCGGGGCAAUCGGCAUUCGUGAAGGAGCAGCCUUUGGCAGAACCUCGCACAGGACUUCGGGGCAAUCAACAUUCGCGAAGGAGCAUAGAUCACGGGCACAGCAGUUCGUGUGGUGAGGGAGAAGUGAACUUGCUUAGCAGAGAGAGCAAGCCAGCACCAAUCAAGUGUAGGGUCAGCCUGUUCGCUCACAGAAAGAAACAUGAAGAGUACAAACUGCUGGGCAUGAGUGAACCACCUGUUGAGCAAUGCGGAGGAUAUGAAGUCUCAACGCGGUGCUGCGUCCUCGGAGAGCUCGUAAAGUUGUUCGAGACUUUGAAUAAUGGUGAUGAUGAUGAUGAUGCUGAUGAUAAAGAUGAUGAUGAUGAUGAUGAUGAUGAUGAUGAUACUCAUGAUAAUGAUUAUGAUGAUAACAAUAAUGUUGCUGCUGCUACUGCUGCUGCUGCUGCUGAUGAUGAUGAUAAUGAUGAUGAUGAUGAUGAUGAUGAUGAUGGUGAUGGCGAUGGUGAUGAUAAUGAAGGUGAAUAUGAUGAUGACGCACCAAUGAAGAUGCUCAUAUUGAUGAUGAUGAUGAUGAUGAUGAUGAUGAUGAUGAUGAUGGUCAGUUAUGCUGACGAUUAUGAUGAAGAUAAUGAUGAUGAUGAUGAUGCUGAUGAUGAUACUAAUGAUGAUGAUACUGAUGAUGAUGAUGAUGAUUAUGAUGAUGAUGAUGAAGUUGAUGAAGUUGAUGAUGAAGAUGAUGAUGACUCACCAAUAAAGAUGCACAUAAUGAUGAUGGUGAUGUCAGAAAUAAUGUUACUGCUGCUGAUAAUGCUGGUACUGAUGCUGCUGCUCCUCUCUGUCCUUUUGUUGCCCAGCACUCCCGCUGCCACGUUCUUUCCACCUCGAUGCUGAACAUGAAGAUGAUGGUGAUGAUGAUGCCGUUGAUGAUAGCGACGAUGAUGACUAAUCUCGUAUAUAGGCCAUGCGUGUCAUCCGAUAUAAAUCUCCCAACGCUUGUCGCCCCUCCUUAGCGCUUGUCCAACGCUAGAAAUCGGAUCCCGCCCAUGAGCGGAAAUGCUUUCGCCUCUACGAACCUGUCGUAGCGGUGCUUGGCAUCCGACAUCUAAUCAAGAUGUCAAUUCUCA